AUGUACGUAACACCUACUGUCAACGUACAAUGAUACAAUAUGUUAUCAACAAUACUUAAUAAUAUUACUAAUGAACACUUUUGAAACAAAAAUAAAUUUAUCUUUUUUUUCCAUGGAUAUCGCUAAAAAAGGGAACAUGUAAUUUUCUUGGUAUAAAAUUAGAAAAAUUUCCAAAGACUCCAUAUGGAUAAAUAUUUACUUAGAACAUGUGGAUAAAUAUAUAAUACAAAAAUGCAACGAACAAGUUUGCCAAUUGUACCAAUGCAACUGGAUUCUUCCAUUGCUAUAAAAAUAAGCAUGGGAGGAUCUAUGUUCCAAGAAAGGACAUUAAUGGGUCGUUCAGAUGUAUGGCACAAAGUUAAAAUUCUGAAAGGAACUCAAUACAGCAGAGAAAGUGUAUUGAAAGCCAUAUUGAGUGCUAUCGAACCAGCAGAAUUGAUCCCUGUUAAGUAUCAAGCCAGUGGAGAAGAUACCUUUUUUUUGGCACGUAAUUGUGCUCAUGCUUUGGACAAGCUAUGCAAGACUAACUUAAUAAUCAAAAAUCCAGAUGGAGAUCCACUGAUCUUGAUCGUAACUUUAGGAUUUGCAUCCAUUCAAGAUCUGAAACUCAAUAUUCAGCCAUUGAUCUUAACUGCUUUGACGAAGAUGUACAAUUCUAAUAGAAAAACCUUAGACUUGUCAGAGUUUCAUAAAGAUUCUGAAAUGUCUGACACGGUAUAUUGUCCUUUAUCUCAACAGAGAACUUUUUGUCAUGUUUUAAAAUUAACAAAGACUUCAAUUGCCAAGGUAGAGCACUUGAAUCUUCAGAAAAACGAACUGUUCAACCUAAUUCCUAUAGAAACUUCUGGUUUAACUUCCAUAAAGUAUCUGGAUUUAAGGUACAAUAACUUGAUAUCUAUGGAAGCACUCACUCCUUUAAAAAAUCUGUGUAUACUGAAGUUAUGGUUAGAUGGAAAUCCUCUCUGCGAAAAUUACUCUAGUUCUAAACAGUAUAUAGACUCUGCUAUGAAAUACUGUCCCAAUUUGUUUCAAUUGGAUGGAGUUUACAUUAGAACAUCUGGUCUACCACUCACGUAUGCUAAUUACUUUAGAAAUGAAUCUAGGGAAGGGUUAGUCACCAAAUUUGUCAACCACUUUUUCGCUCUGUACGAUCAGAGGGAUAGAACAGUCCUGAGAGGAUUAUAUUGUAAAAAUGCGUUUUAUUCUAUGAGCUUGGCGAUUCCAGCAGCUGUAGCUCAUAAACGGAACCUCGUUCAAUUUACAGCGAGUAGAAAUUUAUUAAAAAAUGUGGAUUCAAAUAAAAAACGGCAACAGCAUCUUUAUUACGGACAAGAUAAUAUUCUAGUUGGUCUAAAGAGAUUACCACGAUCCUAUCACGAUAGAAAUUCUUUUGUAUUGGAUAUAAUGUAUGACGAUGGCAAAUGCUUAGCAAUCUCAGUUUGCGGACUAUUGAGGACCAUUAGCACCACAUCGCAAAUUCUAUGGUUCAACAGAACGUUCAUUAUUCAAGCUGGUCCUGAUCAUGAAUACAAUAUCAUAAAUGAUCAGUACCUAGUAGAUUCUACUAUACAAGAAAUUCCACCAAAUAGCAUAGAAGGAAGAUUUCACGACGACGUCGUGCCAUCGUGCUUUAGUGCAAGCGAGAAAAAAGAGUUGCUAGCCAAAUUUGUAGAAGCGACCAGGUUGAACACCGAUUGGUGUCAGACUUAUUUAGAAGAAGCUAAGUGGGACAUAAGAAAAGCAAUUUCGAAUUUUAUGAAGGACUAUAAAUCUUCCGCCGUUCCUAACGAAGCAUUUCAAAAAUAAUAUUGCUUGAUGUAUAACAACGAAAUUGUAAAUAUUAUGAGGCAGAGUACAUGACUUGUAGGAUUUUUAUUUUUGCAAUAAAGAGUAUUUCCUUCCAA